UUUCUUUUCUUCUCUCAUAUCUCACACUCUACAUAACAAUCGCAUAUGCAAACCAAAUUGUUUUUUGUUUUAUCAUACACCAAUUUGCAGAUAUUUUAAAGUACUCCACUCCAAAGCCAAAUCAUGUCGUUUUAUUACUAUUCAAAAUUAAAAAAAAAAAGAAACACAGGCAUGGUCUACCGCUAUUGGUGUACACUGCAAUAUUCUGUGGUACCACACAUACCCUACGGGGCUAAUGGAGCAGCCACUUGUGCUGCUCUUGCUCGAUUGCUCACUGGAUUCAAUUCGUUCAUUCACGACUCUUGCUGCUAUCAGCAAAAUUUGAAAAUUCAUUCAACAAGUGCCGGUGUGCCAGCCAGCCAACCUAGCCGGCCAGACUCAGCUCAGUGAGUAUAAUUUCGACGCUUUUUGUAAACGGACGUGUGUCGUGUCGGAAACGUAGUAACAAAAAACAAAAACCGACGACAACAACGAAACAAAAACCGCUCGCAAAUAUCGCCCGCUGGAAAUCAAUUCGUCGACCAAACAAUAAAAAUAUUAAUUAUCUCUUUAAUGUGUAAAUAAUUAAAAUCAACAACAAGAAAAAAAGCACGAAAUAAAUAAAAAUAGCAAAGCAAACACCACGAAAAAAAAACAUUUUUAUUUGUUUAAUAAAAUAUGUAUUGAAAAAACAAAAUUGAAGAAAAAAUGUAUUUGGGCCGAAAAGAAGUUGUAAAUUAAAUACCUACCUUCCUCCUAAAAAAAACAGGUGAUAAUAAAUAAAAUUAAUAAAAUAUUGGAAGAGAAGAAAAGUGAAAAUCGUCGGAAUUUUUUGUUUGCCAAAUAUAUAUUUCUAUCCUUCACCCCAAGAAUGUCCAAUUCCGGCCCGUACAGUGAUAACACUCAAAAUGGUUAUGGCAGCAGCAGUAGCUAUGGUUCAAAUUUUCUCCAACCACCGGGAAUGAAUGAUCGAUUGCCUAGCAUUCAAUCGAGAAGAAAAUUUAGUUUUCCCGCAACUCUGCAUUCCGCCAAUUUGUUGGAAGUUAAUCAAAUUUCAACUCGACGGCGUUUAAGCAACGUUAGUGAUGUGGUCACAAGAAAGCUGUCCUACACCAUUGGUUGGAAGGGUGCCCAGAUACCAGCCCAGGAAAUUGUCUCACAGGGACGUUGCCUUUGUGGUCAAUACAUUAAACGACGUUUGAGACGAUCUGGGCUGUUCAAUAAAAAAUUGGGAUUGCAAAGGAUACGAAGUAUUUUGGGCACCUCCACCAUGUCGGUGGUGCGUGAGGUGUUCCCUGCCGUUAUGGUGCUAGGUGAUGAGUUGGAACGCAUGCAUCCUCGCAUUUAUACCGGAGUGGCCCGUCAAAUUUGUCGCAAUCCUGGUGGAGAAUUUCAAUCUGCCGACACUGUCAUACUUUUGGUUAGUGCUGUGGCUCGUGAACUAUUUCGUAUGGAAAUUACGUGGAGUAAAAUAGUCUCAUUGUUUGCCAUCGCUGGAGGUCUGUCUGUUGACUGUGUUCGCCAAGGACAUCCUGAAUAUUUGCCGAAAUUAAUGCAAAGCGUUUCUGAUGUCAUUGAAGAUGAAUUGGUGCCUUGGAUUAAUGAAAAUGGUGGAUGGGUUGGCAUUAACAAUCACGUACAUCCGGCAACCAAUAAACUGAAUCCCUUGGAAUGGACCACAAUUAUUGUUGGCAGUAUUUUUGGUUUAGUAUUAAUUUAUAUGUUCAUUAGAUUUCUUGUUACUAAUUUAGUACCAAAAGUGUAUGAGAGAAUUACAGCAGGUAAAUAAAUAAAACUGUUAUAAAAGCUGUUAUACUAUUA